AUGAGGCCGGCCACACGCAGCUUCCUACGACGACCGCCGUGGCUAUCCAAGCCCAAGGCACGGAAACAAGCCCAGCCGCAGCGCCGUCCAUGGAUCGCCUACGAACCCCCGGCUGCACCUCGCGAGCAGGAGCAGGAGCCUGGCUUCGUUCUCGACCGCGCAAGGGCGGCGCAGGUCAAUGAGUUUCUUCGUCAUCCAGUGAACCCGCUUCGCGUUCGCUUCCCGUGCUCUCGGGACAAGCAGCCUUACCUGGAUCUGUUGAAUCUGUACCUGUGGAAAGGCCUCGCCGAUCCAACCCACCGCAAGACUGCAAAGGCGCUAUGGCGGCUGUACAUCAAGUUCCGCCUGACGACGCCAAAGUUCCUGCGAGCCCUGUCCUCCCAGGCCUGGGACAUUCUGUGGCGGACGCAGUCUCUCCGCGUUUUUGCCGAGCCCAAGAUCGCGGCUCAUCUGACCCAGCUGGCUGAGGACAUGCAGGGUGCCGGACAUGUCGCCAACUUUGAACAACGUCUCGUCCACAUCGAGACCCUCUUCGGUCAAGGAUCCCGCCAAGCAGCUGUCGAAAAAUGGCAACAGGGCUACCAGACUGCCGCCGGCCGGACCGGGGACAGCUACCGCCCCGAGUACCUGGAGCUCGGCGUCCGCAUGCACGCCGUCGCUGGCAACGUCACAUUCGCCCAGAAGCUUCUCGUCGACUUGUUUUCUUCCCACCCGAUGCUGAACCCACGCCUCAUUCUGUGCGUCUUUGAUGCCCACCUUCAAGCAUCUGGUGAAGGGGAAACCCAUGUGAAGCAAGCUUGGGCCCUCUACCUGCGCCUGAAGGAUCUCCUCGGAGACAGCAUGGCAGUGAAGGACUAUGAGAGGUGCUAUACUGGCUUUCUGAAGGCGGGAUACCGCGAGCACGCCUUGGCCGUUUUCCGCCAUCUGAUGUCGGCGGGGGAGCUCCGUGGUCCCCAAGGCCACAAGGCCAACGCAACCCUUCUGAAGGGCUACAACGACCUGACCUCUGUCCUCGAUAAUGCCGACGAACUGAACCAAAUCUUCCUGAGUAGUCUGUCUGCGUUGCCUCUAAACCACCAGAACAAGUUUUUCUUCGGCAAGUGGAUCAACCGGCUGAUCAGCGUGGGAGACGUCGAUGCAGCAGCCCAGGUAUACGAGUUGAUGUUCCAGAGAGACGUGCAACCGCAGGCUCGUCAUCUCAACGCCCUGGUCAAGGCAUGGAUAGAGACCCGUGACCCCACCAACAUAGACAAGGCCGAGAACUUGGCCCUUCAGAUGGUCGUCAGACGCAUCACACUGAUGCGCCGUCGCAAAGGCCUAUUCACACCACCCCCACCCGACAUAACCGCGAAGCUAAGGCCGCCGCAGAAGCUGUUCCUCCGUAGGACUCUUCCACCCGCAACGAGCGACACCUUCGCCCUUCUGACACAAAUAUACCUGCAACGCAACGACGAAUCGAAGCUCGACAACCUCCACACCUGGCAGGUCGCCCACGCCGAGCUCCGUACCACUCCCGAAGCACUGAACAUGCAACUGUCCUUCUACCUCCAGCGCGGCUACCUCAGCGACGUCUGGCGCACUCUCAAACGCCAUGUCCUCCGCCGGCCCUCGCGAAACGUCAGAGCCACCAAACCCGACAUGGGCACCAUCGCCCUCCUCUGGGAAGCCUCGUACUUCAAACAACGCACCAUCGGCCGCCGCAGUCCCUACGACAUCCGCUCCCGCCGCACCUCCUUCCCACCCCCCACCAUCAUCCUCCGCCACACCCUGACCUGGUGGCGGUCCUCCACCCGCGGGCCCUCCUCCUCCUCCUCCUCGCAACCCUCCUCGCAACCCUCCCCCCGGCAGGACGCCACCUCCCGCAUCCCCAACCACAUCGUCGCCACCUACGCCGCCUGGAACGACCUCGCCGGCUGCCUCGUCGCCAUGCACGUGCUCCACCGCCGCCUCCGCUCGCCCGUGACCCAGCACACCAUGACCCUCCUCGUCCGCGCCCUCGCCCGCCUGGGCUUCCCGCCCGCCGACGUCCGCUCGCGCUCCCCGUUCCGCCGCCGCCAGCUCGCCGCCUCCGCGGGCCUGCACCACAACCUCGACAAGGUCCUGCAGGCGCUGCGCGCGCUGCUGCAGCGCCGUCUGGAUGCUGCUGCUGCUACUACUACCCCUACCACCACCACCACCGCUACUACUACUACCGCCCAGGCCAAUACCCCUACCACCACCACCACCACCGCCGCCCACGCCGAUGCCAAUACCACCGACACCAACCCCGACCCCAACGACAAGUCCCUCCUCCUCCUCGAAGCCCUGAGCGAGCUGACGCGCGCCGUGCUGCUGCGCCAGGGCCUGCCGCCCGCCCGCAUCGAGGCCCGCGUCCAGGGCGUCAAGCGCCGGCUGGGCGUCGACCCGCGCUUGCCGACGGGGGACAAGGACGCGUGGGAGGUGGCGGAGGAGCUGGGCAUGUGA